AAAUGUCGCAAGCCUAAAAAUUAUUAUUGAUAGGCUAUGUCUUCCAAGAGAAAGCGGCAACGUAUUACUGCUGCUGAUGCUCAGUGGUGCAUGAAAACAGAGACAACCUUACCUGUAAGGCUUUUGUAGAUAAACACAAAUUACUCAAGAAAAAGAACGAUUAAUGCAGGACUAUGGUCAAUGGAAACGUAGCAGUGAUUACAAAUUGUACUGGUUGGAAAAAUCACGUAUCCUUGCAUAGCUGGACACUCGUGUGGAACGUUUCUCCUUUGCAGGAGUCAUGUUGUGCCAGGAAGCCGCAGCCAUUACCGCAAGCAUCAACGAUGAUGAUGCAAACAAUGACUCAAACGACAACAAGGGCAUGACUACCUCUUCCUCUUCUUCACCAGCCAUCCAGGAUAACGAGAGCAUUCUAUCCAGUCCGAUACCCACAACUUCCUCAACAACAGCCCCACUUGAUACCAAUGCCACCACUACCACUACAGAAGCACCUCCUCGUUUUCCUUGGUUGACUGGUGACUUUGACGUGGUUGAUGCGUUUUACUGGUAUAGAUGUAGUGUGAUACAACAAGCAAAAGAUAGCCUUCUUCAAAUUGAAAAAUCUGUGCAUGAAUUGUUGUCUCUGUCUCAUAUCCUCUUGCUAGCUCCAAUCAGCACAGUAAUGCCAUGUUGUAUUCUUUCGAUCAAGCCCAACUCCACAAACUACACCAUUCCCUCUUGGCAGAAUCAUUGGAUGAUAGCAUCACAUGGCCAGAUGACAUUUACUUGAAGUUGGUCCAUACCGUCAAUGAUGUUGAUGCCAAGAUCAAGACAAGGGGUCAUGUAGAAUUGUUUUUGCUUACUAUGGCACAAGUCUUAGGUAUUCACCAGUAAUCAGUAGUUUGAAGAAUUACAGCUGCGUAAGUUGUGUGAUCGAGAUU